AGAAGAAGAAGAAAGGAAGGAAAUGCCUUCCGUAUUGCGCGGGCGACGCAUGCAGACGUAUAGCAAAGCAUCAUUGUAACAAGCGUGGAGGUUCACUAUAAUAACAUUCAAUCAAAUCCAAACGAUAGUGGAGGAAUUGGACUCCCCAAGCAAUGUUAUACUUAAAAGGCAUUAACGAUGAUUAUUCCAGUUCGAUGCUUCACUUGUGGAAAGAUUGUGGGUAACAAGUGGGAAGCGUACCUUGGCCUUCUUCAAGCCGAGUAUACCGAAGGUGAUGCUCUUGAUGCUCUGGGCUUGAAGAGGUACUGUUGUCGGAGGAUGCUCCUUGCCCACGUGGAUCUUAUUGAGAAGUUGCUGAAUUACGCUCCACUAGAAAAGUGAUGUUACCCCUUCCAUCGUAAAAGGAAAACUAUCAACGGACUGACUCCAAGUUGUGACAUCACUAGCAGCAUGUAGACUGUGGCUAUAUAACAGUGAUGAUGGGGCAAACACCUGUGUUCAAAGUGGGAAGCCUUGAUAUAGCAAAUGUAAAAUAUCAAACUAGACUUUUCUUAAUAAAAUGAACAACGUUUCUCAA